UAUUAGCCCCGGGGGUGAGUCGUCUUGAGCACCGCUCAUUCUACGCAACUCAUAAACACAGUAAAUGAGUCGAUGUGUCGAUUUGGAAGUCACGCCCUCACGUUGAUUCAACUUGCCCAGCUCUCACGUCGAACCCGAUAACUUAUUUAUAUGGGACAAUAAGAGAAAGGACGAAUUUUCUGCCGAGUUCAAGUUGAAGUGACACAACCAACCGCCAACCAUGGCGUCCGCUACCGAGUCCUUCACCAUCAAAACCCCCUGCUCAAGCGCCAACAUCGGCCCGGGCUUCGACGUCAUCGGCCUGGCGCUGUCCAUGUACUUGGAGCUGCAGGUCACCAUCGACCGCACCAAGACCAAGUCGGAGCACCCGCUCAACUGCCGGAUCACGUACGAGGGCGAGGGGGAGGGCACCGACGAGAUCAGCCUCGACCCGCAGGUCAACCUGCUCACGCGCGUGGCCCUGUACGUGCUGCGCUGCCACGACCAGCGCAGCUUCCCCGUCGAGACGCACGUGCACAUCAAGAACCCCAUCCCGCUCGGCAGGGGACUCGGGUCGUCCGGUGCGGCCGUCGUGGCCGGUGUCAUGCUGGGCAAGGAAUGCGGUGGUCUGCAUCAUCUCACUCCUGAGCGCCUGUUUGAUUUCUGCUUGAUGAUCGAGCGUCACCCGGAUAACGUCGGCGCUGCACUCUUCGGCGGCUUUGUCGGCACCUACCUGAAGCCGCUGGCCCCGGAGGAUGUGGCGCGCGUGGAGAUCCCCCUGAGCGAGGUGCUUCCUGCACCAGCCGGCGGUGUCGACACCGGUGCGAAGCCGCCGGCGCCACCACACGGCAUCGGCCACCACAUCAAGUUCCCUUGGGCGCCCGAGAUCAAGGCUGUCGCCAUCAUUCCUGAGUUUGAGGUUCCCACGGCCAAGGCACGCGAGGUUCUCCCGCUGCAAUAUCCUCGUCCAGACGUGACCUUCAACCUCCAAAGAAUAGCUCUGCUCCCCGUCGCGCUCGGCCAGUCCCCGCCGGACCCGGAGCUCAUCUACCUAGCCAUGCAAGACAAGUUGCACCAGCCGUACCGGCAGACGCUGAUCCCGGGCCUGACGGAGAUCGUCGAGUCCAUGACGCCCGCCACACAGCCGGGCCUGCUGGGCGUCUGCCUGUCCGGCGCCGGGCCGACCAUCCUGGCGCUGGCCACGGGCCACUUUGGCGAGAUUGCCGACCGCAUCAUCGCCAAGUUCGAGGAGAACAAGAUUGUGUGUAACUGGAAGGUGCUGGAGCCGGCCGAGGGCACGCAGGUGAUCAGGGCGUAGGCUUGUUUGACCGGGGGAUGGGACUAGAAAUAUAAUCGUGAUACCCCAUUUUCGUUGUUCUCCGUCGCUUUUUUAUUUCUACCAUUCAGAUUGUCGCGUGCAUGUUGAACAGCGGAGGCUCAACCGGAUGGCCCUUGAUAUGCUUUCUCCGGCCCGGCAAUGCAAGUUCCCGACAGCCAGAUCCGAUCGGGAGACCACAAAACUGUCAAAGUCGGGUUACUUACACACCUGCUUCAAAACAGGAGACAGUGAAGCAACCUGGAAACUUGGAGGAAGGCACCGGAUUUACGGAGUACCUACCACAGUAGCCCCACAACAAGAAGCCCCUGCCGAGAUUGACCAAUCGCUGCCCUCCUAACUAAUCAAACCACGGGCGGCCCCGACGUCGGGUGGAGCCUGGCCCAGGUCCCCGGGUACCCAAGCCUCGAUCAGC